AUGUUACAACACGAUCCAACAUCCCCUGAUGAUACUCAAGUUUCUUAUAAAACUUGGAAAUAUGCAUACAAAGGUCCACUUAGCAUGAAUGAGCAUGAUCAAAUUGAGAAUCAAACAGAAAUAUCCGUCAAGCAUAUCAGGUCAAGGAAGGUAGAAAACUUGUUACGUAAGGUUUGGAAGUUGGAACCAAUCAAGAAUUGCAUCGCCUGGAUGCAUGAGGCAAUUCCAUGGUGUGAGGACACCGCGUUUGAAGACACGCUGAAGAGGCCAUCCACCGGCCUUGAAGAGCUGGACACGAUCAUUGUGUUCAAAAUCUUCUAUGAAGUAUUCAGAGAAGGAACCCGCCUUGCAAUGUCGAAGACAAUCUGCGCGCCGGACUCAUCGUCAUUGAAGCCUGGUUCAGGUGCUACUGAGGGAGUCCUGGAUUAG